AUUUAGUGUGUGGCUUGGAAGAAUCAAAAGAGAAAGUCUAUAUGCACAUCCUGAGAUUCCUCUUCUUCAGGAUUGGUUUCUUCAAACCAGGACUUCUUCCCUGGUGUGCCAGAAAACCACUGGAUUGGUCACAGCCCUUUUUGAGUGCUGCAUGUAAGGGAAAUUUCACCCAGGUGAUUGCCAAGAAGUAUCCAAGAGGACAAAAAAGUCAGAAGAAACAAAACUAUCUUGAAUCAUUGAAUGGUUCCUGGCAGGAAAGGCUGGCUGAUGUUGUGACGCCACUCUGGAGGAUGAGCUAUGAACAACAACUCAAGCCUGUCAUCAAUGGCUACCGAAAUAAGUCCACCUUCUCUGUGAACCGAGGCCCAGAUGGCAAUCCGAAGACUGUGGGGUACUACCUGGGAACGUGGAAAGAUGGGAACAUUGUCUGUGUACGAUCUAACAAUCUGAAAAACAUCCCUGAGAAACACGAUCAAGUGGCUCAGUACUAUGAAAUAUUCCUUCGACAGUCUCCGAUGGAACCCUGCCUUGUUGUUUCAUGAAGGUGGAUACUGGCGUGAGCUGACAUCCGCACCAAUAGCCAAGGACACACAAUGGCAAUCAUCACUUUCCAUCCCCAGCAAUUAAGUCAGGUUGAGCCUCACAGGAUAAGGGGCAGCUUCUGUAGCAACCCCAUUACUAUGGUACAGUUGGUUUUUGGAAGUUUUAGUGCAGAUAGCAGAAACUAACACAUGCACAGAAAACUUGUGUAGGUUUAGGGGGAGGGUUUGGGGGUGAGGAGAAGAAGGGGUAGGAAUACUGUGUAAUCAUAAUUGCCGGCAUAACCAAACCACAGAGAGCAUGGCUUAGGUUACCAAGCUAAUUACCAUACAAGAACUCCCAAGUAUUUUCAACAAGAACUUUGUCAUAGUAGUAGGUACUUGAGUGAUCCAAAUGUCAAUUCUGAGGAGAUUAGAAUAUCAGAAUUUUUAUGAUCUACACAAACUGAUGCA